UCUCAGGUGGUCACUAACGCUCCGUCCACAAGUAGAGAUCUUCCUCUCAUUCAGAAGCUGCGAUGAUUAACUGCACUGCUGUCACUGACUACCCGGGAUGGGUCACUGCUGGUACCUAUCAUAAGUGCGUUAUUGGCUUUCUGGGAACUAUAGGUAACAGCAUCAGUUUGUGGUGUCUAGUUCAGAGUGCGAGUACCAACAAGGCCACCAAGUUCCACAUGAUCUUUGUAUUCAGCGUCUUACUGGCUAUCUGCUUAGUCACUCUGCCCUCCGUCUCUGUUAUCAACUACAUCAGUGCAUUCUGCAAAUCCAGGUGGUUUCGCGAGGAGCUCUUCAUAUCCAUAUCCAUUAGUAGUUCCUUUCUUCUCCAGCUUGAAAGGAUCAACUUCACUGCAAUUGCUAUUUUCAGGUGCGUUGCUGUGUGGCGGCCCUACAUGUUCCAUAAGUUAUCCACGGUGACAUGCGUAUUGGUGAUGGAGGGGGUACUCUGCCUUUACGCUUUUCUGCCCUGGAUUCUAGGUCUCUGCCUGGGAUACGAUAGGAUCACCUACAGUGGAAAGUACUCAUCUGUGAGAUUUGGGGAGAACUCUGUGUUACACAAGAUGGUCUUCACUUGGUACAGCGUUAACUACUGCCUUACAUUCAUGGCCACACUCUUCGCAUAUUUAUUCAUGAUAGCGACGAUUAUUCUUCAAGAGAAAAAGUUGUCAGUUGAUCAGAGAAGCGCCACGACCAUGGACCAUGUCUACUUCAGCAUCCACGUGGUAAUAUUAACGAAUCUUGUGCUGGAUGGUCCACAUGUCAUCGUCCACCUGCUCAGCAACCAGCGUCUAGCAUCCAUCAUCACCCACAUGAUUUUCUUCCUCCACUUAGUAAUUGAUCCCAUGGUCUUUGUAGGUUUUAACCUACAUUACCGACGCGCUGUUCUUCACCGUAUGUAUAAAUGUCUGCCCGUCGCUAUUUCCUCCAAACUUAGACCUCUAGAACCAAACGACGACACACUGAGGAUGCAAGAUACACCUCUGGAAAAGUGCUCAGGGCAGCCAGAAGGAGUUUACAACACUUGUGUCAUUAAAUAUUAAUUGCUCCCUAAUAGUGGUUAAGAACACUUCAUUAUUAUCACGGAGGAAAUAUUGCCCCAAGUUUUAGCUGACGUCUUUUGCAAGAUGAACAUCAACUAACACAAUAUACUAUAGAAAAACUGCUGUGUAAAUUACGGUAGUUCAAACAAUAAUAUAUAAUUUUUCCAAAACCUAAAGAAUUAAUUGAGUAUAUCGAGCAAGUUGUGAUGAGAGAGAUUACAAUUAAACCUAAAUGACUUUUACACUAGACAGAGGAAAUAUAAGUUUCCAUUAAAUUAUGUUACAUCAGAAAAGAACUAAAUAACGAGGAUGGAAACAGAGGGAGUGAAUGAUUCUGUGAUAUGUAUGAUCAUGCUUUAACUAAAACUAUGAAACACGUCUGAGGAAAGAUCAAGAGCCCUGAGGCUUGGUUAUUUCUCUGGGUGAAGCAGGUUCAUUCUGCACACGUGAAAAGUUCCUCGGGAAUGGGUGUUAUAGUGUAGGGUGGGGAGCAGUCCAGGCUAAUAUUGAUGUCUUUGUCACCAAGUUGGGAGAAUCCAGAAAAUUCUUUAAGUAAACAAUGUUAUUUUCUCUUCAUUGUUACAUAUACAUAGAAAUCACACCAGCUAGUGAUUUUGUGUGAACACACAAAAACACACACAUACAUACAUACACAGACAUGAACGAUCAUGUACACGCGCACACACACAUGCAUAUGCUUGUGAGUGUGUGUGUGCUUGUGUGUAUGCGUACGUGUUGUUAGGUAAGACACAUAUGCAACAGUUAGGUAUCUUUAUUUCGA